AUGGCUCUGUGCCGCCCUACGGCUGCGGGUCUCAACAAGGGUCACAAGGUGACCGAGAAUAUGAACAAGCCAAGGCACAGCCACUGCCACAGGCGCCUCACCAAGCGCACGAAAUCCAUGCAAGACACGAUGCGAGAGGUGUGUGGCUUCACCCAACAGAAGCGGUGGGCCAUGGCGCUCCUUGAGGUCUCCAAGGACAAGCAUGCCCUCAGGUUCAUCAAGAAAAGAAUGGGGACACACACUUGUGCCAAGACGAAGAGAGAGGAGCUGGGCAACGUCCUGCAGCCAUGA